AUGAAUGACAAAAAUUAUGUAAAUAACGCUAAAAAUGUUGAAAAAAAUAAUCAUUUAAUAAAAGAAAAAAUUAGUAAAACUAAUAAUAUAAAGAAUAUAACAAGAAAAGAAAGUAUCAAUUCUUUUAAAAAUAAUUCAAAAAAUGAUAAUGAUACAAGUGAAUUAAAUAAUGAUUAUAAUAAAAAUACAGAUUUAAAUAAAGAAGAAAAUGAUAAUAGAUAUGAAAUAAAAUAUGAAGUAACUAAUUCUAAUUCAAACAGUAAUUCUACUACAGCUCUAAAAAAAAUGAACGGUCAUUCGAAUAUAUAUGAAAAACCAUCAGAAGAAAAUAAUAUUAAUAAGAAAAAUGAUAAGCACAUUUAUGAAAACGAUGUAAAUACAAAUUUAAAUGAUACAAAUAGAAAAAGUGAAAAAAAUAAUAAAGAGGAAGUAAGUAGCAGAAAAAGGGAUAAUGAUUAUGAUAAAAAAAAAGAAAAUAGCGAAAAAAAAUUUAGUGAGUUAGGAAUAGAAAUAAACAAAUUAGUAGAAGAAAAAAAAAACAAAGAUAAAAAUGAAGAAACAGUAGUAAAUAGUGAAAUUAAUGAAAAAAAAAAUAGAAAAAGAAGUAAAGAAAUGUUAAAUAAUGAAAUAAAUGAGAAAAUGAAAUUGAAUAAAGAAAAGACAAAAUCAAACGAACAUCAUAGUUCUAGUAUAGAGCAAUACAAAAGCAAAAGUAAAGAAAAAAGUAGACAUAGAAGUAAAGAUAGAUACAAAAGUAAAAAAAGGCACAAAGGUUUCUCCUCCAGUGGUGAUGAACUACAUUCAUCUAAAAGAAAGAAAAGUAUAAAUCGAAGCAAAGAAAGAAGUAGGAAUAGAAGUAAAAAUAGAAGUAAAGAAAAAUAUAGGAAUAGAAGUAAAGAAAAAAGUAGAAAUAGAAGUAAAAAUAGAUAUAGAAGUAAAGAAAAAAGUAAAAAUUUAAGUAGUAGUAGUAGCUUAAGUAGUGAAGAAAGACAUUAUCACAAAAUAAAAAAAAAAAUAAAAAAAAAAAAUUUACGCAGUAGUAGUGAUAGAAAUUCAAAUAAAAGUUCAAGUAAAAGCGUACAUGAAAAAAAUGAAAGAUCUGUUUCAAGUGAAGUAAUCAAAAAUAAGGAAGUAAAACAAAAAAAAAAAACUAAAUGGGAUACAGUUGAUGAAAGUUUACUUAAAAAUAAUUUAUUAGAUAAUGGUAUGAAUAGCUUACUUCAAAAGCAAAAUUUAGCAUUAACAAAUAGUUUAGCACAAAAUAGUAAAGUUACACAAUUAAAUAGAAAUCCAUAUGAAAUGGAGAAUGAUAAGAGACAAAGGAAGUUAUAUAUUGGUAAUAUACCACCAAAUUGCAAACAAGAAGAUGUUAUAGAUUUUUUUAAUGGUGCAUUAUUAGCAGUUAUAAAGGAUACAAGUUUAGAUGUAAAAAUCGGUGAUAUUCAAUUAAUGCCAGUAAUAAAAUGUGAAAUAUUUAAUAUUGAUUCAAGAUUUUGCUUCUUAGAAUUUAGAACAAUAGAAAUUACAUGGUUAUGUUUAAAAUUAGAUUCCAUUUCUUUUAAUAAUUAUUGUUUAAGAAUUGGUAGACCUCACGAUUAUGUACCCCCACCAGAAGGAGAUCCUGCACUUACUGCUGUAUUUCCUGAUAUUGAUAUGAAAAUAUUUGAUAUGUUAAAACCAAGUAAAAAUGUAUAUGUUAAAAGUGGUGAUGAUGAUAACAAAUUAUAUAUACAGAAUUUACCACAUGAUUUAAAAGAUGAUCAAAUAAAAGAUUUAUUAGAACAAUUUGGAAAAUUAAAAGCAUUUAACAUAAUAAAAGAUCUUAAUACAGGUUUAAAUAAAGGAUAUGGAUUUUUUGAAUAUGAAGAUAGUGCUUGCACACAAGUUGCCAUUCAUGCUUUAAAUGGUUUUGUGUGUGGACAAAAUAUUCUUAACGUGAAAAAAGCUACAUUUAAUAAAAAUCAAAAUAAUAUAUAUGCACAAAAUCCGAAUAAUAUAAGUAUUGCUAACAAUGUAGAAGUACCUGUAUCACUUUUACCAAAUUCUAUUUCUCAAAAAAUUUUGAGUAAUUCAAUUAUAGGAUUACAAAUUCAAGCAUCUAGAAAAAUUGGGGAAAAACCAUCAAGAGUAGUUCAAUUAACCAAUGCUGUUUUUCAAGAAGAUUUAAUUAUUGAUAGUCAGUAUGAAGAAAUUUUAAGAGAGGUUAAAGAAGAAGCUGAAAAAUAUGGUCCAUUGCAAAAUAUUGUAAUACCUAAACCAAAUAAAGAUUUGUCAUAUACGGAAGGAGUAGGAAAGAUAUUUCUUCAUUAUCAAGAUGAAACUACAGCAAGAAAAGCCCAAUACAUGUUUAAUGGAAGACUUUUUGAAAAAAGAGUAGUAUGUGCUUCUUUUUAUUCAGAAGAUAAAUUCUUAAAGGGAAAAUAUGUCUUAUCAUAA